CCCCUGUUUCUCUUUUCCCUCGCCGUCUGUUGUAGGGAGUAGACCAUGUUCAUCCCUCAUUCCUCAAAAUUCAUCUUCCAUCCUUAAUCACUUCUCAUAACCCGAACCAGCUGGUUUGCAGGUCUGCAACCCUUGCAAUCCUUGUUUGCUUCCUGAUUCUCUCCUCUACUCCUAUCCUUCUUUUUUGCAUAUAGUUUACUGUACGUACUCUUUUACUUUAUCGCUUUUUCCACACCUUCAUACUUUCGCGCCCUACUCUACUCCUCCUCUUUUCUCACACUUGUUCUACAUUAAUAUGGCACUACUGACGUUAUCCUCGACACAUCCAACACCAGCACAGCAAAUGCGGAGUAUACGACCCACCACGAGGAAGCCAGCAUCCUCUCUACAGUCACUCGCCAGUCUUGCAGUCAUCGCCUCAAUCGCAUGGCCAUCCUCCUCCGUAUCCGCUGCCCUGGCCCCAUAUCCAGUAGGCGGAUUCGCCAUGUGUCAAACGGGAUCCUCGCUCCAUAUCCAGGGCGGGGUCUCCUACUCACUCUCGGCAACAUACCUUGUUACAACCAACCAACAUUUUCGACUGGACCUCUCUCAAUCCUUUGACUCUGCCCCAAGCUCGACCAAACCUCCGGUUUGGGCAAAUUUGACCUCGGAUUAUUCACCCUUCCAACGGUUCCAUGCAGGAGCAUGCACGCCUGAUCAGGCUAGUUUCUUGACAGUCGGAAAUGCCGAUGCGAUGAACACGGGUGCAGGGGGCAGUGGGUUCAUGAUGGCCUAUAGUGUUGCUAAGGGAACAUGGACUCCGGUGACGCAGGCAGUCAGUGGAGCGACUAACUCUAAUAACCAAAACUCACAGAAAGCAGGAGGAGGUGGGCUCAUGGCUGCAGGACGGACGAUGCCCGGUUUCGCGGUGGGAGGGGCGACCAAGUCGUUGGGUGUAGUUAUUGGUGGAGGUUGGCUUCCGCAAAAGUCGAAUACAGCGUCUGCAAUGGGCACGGACCUGACGAACUUGGUGACGGAGGCGGACUUGAUUGCGUUUGGAAGUGAUGGGUCGUUGAGUUCACUCAAUUGGUCGGUCGCACCCGCUGGCGGGAAUGGUGGUAGCAAUAUUAAUCAAAAUUUGGGUCCGGUGGCGGGAUCCAAGGUCGUGCCUUUGUCAUCGCCAGGUGGUAAGGCCGUGGUUCUUGGUGGGGUAACGGGGUCGCGAGGAAAUGGUAACGGGUUGUCGUUUGCAAACUUGUCGAUCGUUGAUAUGGUGACAGGGGCUGUCGUUAUCCAGGUAGGGACAGAAACGGAGUUUGUGCACGAAUGCCAACAGCCCAAAUACGAUGAGCAUGACUGAUUUUUCUUUUCUGUCUUUGCUGAUCCUCCAGAAAGCGACAUCAAGCACGCCGAACGGAAUUCCCUCGCCGCGAUACGGACACUGU